ACUCAUUAACCUGCCUGCUCCGCUCCGCUCCGGGCGGCCCCAGACACAGGCUUCCCGAAGUAGCAUCCGCGGCCCACCGGGUGCUGCCGCCUCCCGGAACCCCCGGCUCCGGGGGGCAAUGAGGGGGCGGAGGAAGGGGCACUGCUCCUCGGGCAUUACUUAGAGAAGCGAGACCGCCCCUCCCUCCCGCCGGCCCUCCCUCUCUCUCUCUCGCCCGGGCCCGCGCGCCACUCCGCCAGAGGGACAGUCGGCCCAAUAUGUCAAGACCUCUGAUCACUAGAUCUCCUGCAUCUCCACUGAACAACCAAGGCAUUCCUACUCCAGCACAACUCACAAAAUCCAACGCACCCGUCCACAUCGACGUGGGCGGCCACAUGUACACCAGCAGCCUGGCCACCCUCACCAAAUACCCCGAAUCAAGAAUCGGAAGACUUUUUGAUGGUACAGAGCCCAUUGUUUUGGACAGUCUCAAACAGCACUAUUUCAUUGACAGAGAUGGACAGAUGUUCAGAUAUAUCUUGAAUUUUCUACGAACAUCAAAACUCCUCAUUCCUGAUGAUUUCAAGGACUACACUUUGUUAUAUGAAGAGGCAAAAUAUUUUCAGCUUCAGCCCAUGUUGUUGGAGAUGGAAAGAUGGAAACAGGACAGAGAAACCGGUCGCUUUUCAAGGCCCUGUGAGUGCCUCGUGGUACGUGUUGCCCCAGACCUCGGAGAAAGGAUCACGCUCAGCGGUGACAAAUCUUUGAUAGAAGAAGUGUUUCCAGAGAUCGGCGACGUGAUGUGUAACUCCGUCAAUGCAGGCUGGAAUCAUGACUCAACACACGUCAUCAGAUUUCCACUGAAUGGCUACUGUCACCUCAACUCAGUCCAGGUCCUCGAGAGGUUGCAGCAAAGAGGAUUUGAAAUCGUGGGCUCCUGUGGGGGAGGAGUGGACUCAUCUCAGUUCAGCGAAUACGUCCUGCGGCGGGAACUGAGGCGGACGCCCCGUGGACCCUCUGUCAUCCGGAUAAAGCAAGAGCCUCUGGACUAAGUGGACAUAUUUCUUAUGCAAAAAGGAGAAAACAUACACAACAAAUAAUGCAAACAAGAAAGGGACAUUUAUGUGCAGUUGGGACAGCAAACCAAGUCCUGGACCUAAAAUUGAAUAAAAGACACAUUUAUAUCCAAUAGAGACCACACCUGUAUUCAUAUGGGAACAAUUGGAAUAGUGAUAUCCUCAAGGUGUAAAAAAUAUAUAAAUAUAUAUAUAUAUAUGUCAAAAGGUAGGAAAUGCAAAAAAAGAAAAAAAGGUGGUAGCUACAGUUGGUGCUGUGAUGGCCGUGAAGUGUCCUGGGCCUCCCAAGGCCUCUGACCAAUAAACAAGCCAUGAGCAGUGAGGACGCAUCUCCUUACAGUUUCCAUUGCCAACAGCCAUCCAUUCUUUCUUUUUCCUUUGUCCUCCUUUUUCCUUUUUUAAAAAAACCAGAACACUUAGAAUCGCAUUUCUUUGCAUAUGGAAGUUUCAUGUCUCUCUUUAGACAGGGGACCGGGCAGGACUUCAAAAACAACGCUCAUGAGCACACGCUGCAUUCGAAAGACGUUAGACAUGAAAUUUUAAACGUAGUCUGUACAGAAGUCACACUUUUUUGUCCGCCUCACAGAUGUGAACAUGACUUUGUUUUUAAACCGAUCAGUUUUGCAAAGGGGCCAGAAUUAUUACUUGUUAGAGUUGCUCCAGUUUGAGUCUGCUGCUUUCCUACAAUUUUUCAAAUUUUAUAAUGUAUUAAAUACAAUAAACUCUGUUUAAAAAAUAA